AUGUUAUCACAAGCUUUAAAAUUAGUUGUUGGUCGCCAAAUUGCAUCAACGAGGCCGGUAUCCUCCAGUUUCUUCAAGCCUCGACGCUUCUACAAGGAAGUUUAUGUGGAUUCCAAUCAAAAUGGCGCGUUUGAAAUUUAUUUGGAUAAGAGAAAAUUGAAAACACCGAAGGGGAAACAUCUGGAGGUAUGUUAUUUUGAGUUAGACUACCGUAAUCCUGUUUAAUUUGGGGGUUUGCUGAUUCUAAACAGAUUAUAUGUGAUUAAUGGGAGUGGUAUUGUACUUUUAUUGUAAAAACAAGCAAAUAUAUUACCCCUUACCGGUACGGUCAUACAUUCUUCCUCAAAACUCCAUUGAGAUACAUAACUAAGGUGUCCUUGAUGGAAGUUAACCCAAUUUUUAAUCAGGGAUUGUUGACUUUCAUCGGAUUUUGCCCUUUCAUUGGCUUGGAUCAACGAUUUCCGUCUUCUUUUAAGAUAUUCGUAGAGGGCAUAUAUGAGUGCAAUAAUCUAAAAUACGUUUUACAGAAAUAAAAAUGGCUCACCAUAAAAGUAGUCACAAAAACAAACAAGUACAGAGACCUGUCGUGUAGGCCCAGAUUACGCAUAGUCAAUUCACAUUUUACCGGGUAGAAUUUACUUGUGAUUCAUCUCCAGAAAGAACUGAAAAUAGGUUGGAUUCGUCUGUUAUAAUACGUGAGAGCAGAUGCCCUUCAGAUGGUGAAAAAAUGGUCGUUUCACCGGAAGGGAGCUCUUCCACCCUGCGGCGUAAGAAUAACACUUGUGUAAAAAACUUGCUUUCAAGUGUAGGGGAAGGUUACUGGGCCCUCUCUGUCCAAAAAUUUUUUCCGUGGGGUCUUUUUAUCGUCCAACCCUUAAUUAAAUGCGAUAGUGCAAGUUACUUGCAUGUUUUAAAUUCGAAAAAUGUGCUGAUUCAAUAUUAUGCUUCAGUUGUACUCGGAGCCGCUGGCUUUAGCCAUCGCCCAUGAAUGGGAUUCCCAAAAGGAAACGAUCCAGAUCCCGGCCAUGAGAUUAACAGGCCUGGCAUUCACAUCUGAAGACAAUCCAACGCAUGAGACGAGGUAAAGGGCUUCGGAAUUUGUGAUCAGAAAUUUAAUUAUAGUGAGAGUAUUGUUCAGAAGUUGUUAGAAUACGUGGACAAUGACACCAUCCUCUACCUGAACAACAGUCCAGUCGAGUUAGCCCAACUUGAGCAAGAAAGGUGGUUACCGAUUGUCGAUUGGGUCAAUGAUCAUUUGGAACUUAAACUAAAGCCCAGUUACACCGUUACGGACUUGGCUGACGUCCCGGACGAAUCCAGAAGUCGGCUUCAGAGGAAUUUUGAAGCGAUGAAUUUCCAUAGUUUGACGGGAAUAGCUUAUGGAGUUGACUCGAUCAAGAGUGUGUUAUUGUUACUGGCUGCUCUUCAACAUCGUAUUACUGUUAAAGAAGCUGCUGAACUUGCGAAUCUGGAGCUGGAUUACCAGACUAAAGUGUACUCAAAGGUAAGAAUUAGAUUAUCCUUUUAACACAGUUAAUGCCUUCAGGUCGAAGGUCAUCAUGAUGUUCAUGCCCUUGAAUUGGUGAACCGACUGUCCGCUGCUGUUUUAUAUGCCCAAUUAACUUCGAAUUGGCAUCGCGUUACAAAAGAGAAAAUCCAGUUGUGUGGCUCUUCUUGA